UUUUGACAGUUCUGUAUUCGAUUUCAAAAAUGACGUGGAGAUAUAGGUUAAAAGUUUGUUGUAAUGAAAAUUUUACAAUUAAUUGUUUAUAAUUCGCUAGUUUAUUGCAAUUAAAUACUUGAAACACACCCCUACUUCACGAUGAUUGAGAUAACCGACAUUCAAAAGAUCGGCGUGGGGCUGGCGGGGUUCGGCAUGACAUUCCUGUUCCUCGGCGUGCUGCUGCUCUUCGACAAGGGGCUGCUCGCCAUCGGCAAUAUCCUCUUCAUCAGUGGCCUAGCCUGCGUGAUCGGGCUGCAGCGCACGUUCUUCUUCUUCUUCCAGCGGCACAAGCUGCGAGCCUCCGUCGCCUUCUUCGGAGGAAUAGUUGUGGUGCUGCUGGGCUGGCCUGUGGUCGGCAUGGUGGCCGAGCUUUACGGGUUUAUAUUGCUGUUCAGAGGGUUCCUCCCGUCGGCCAUCAACUUCCUGCGCAUGGUGCCGGUGCUGGGCUCCUUGCUGAACCUGCCCAUCAUCAGCUCGAUCGUGAAUCGGAUAGCAGGCGACAACGGACGGAACAUGGACGAAUGACGGCACUGACUUAGCAACCGAAGUAAACUAAACUAAGAUAAAGUUAACUUUAACAUUACUUAAACGUAUAGUGAAAUCAUUGUUUUUUAUUCAAUCGUAAAAAUAUCAUCAGCAUCAGCCUGUAAUCGACCACUGCUAGACACAGGCCUCUCCCAAGGAGCGCCACAACACUCUGUCUUCGGCCUUCCUCAUACAAGAAUAAUACUGUCAAAUGUGUAUGUAGGUAUGUACUAUUAAAUUAUAAUAAUAACUAGCGAUCAAUGAAAAAGUUCCAGCAAGAAAAACACCGAAUUACUCCUAAACGA